CUCAGUAUUGAAGACGGAUGGCGUGAAAGCUCUGCCAAUGCAUACUUGGAUCCGAACCCCAAUCCCCACAACCUGUACAUCUCAACUGAUUCCUGCGUGACUCAAAUAUCUAUAGAUGAUGUUCACGGAAAACCUACGGCUACUGGAGUUCAGUUUGAUGUCACUGAUGCUUACGGUAAACGUCAGACAUAUAAAGUUCGCACAAAACAAAGAGGUCGUACUAAGUGCGGCGGCUAUAAUGUCUGGAUUCUACCUGUCGGUUAUAAUCUUCAAGAUCACGUACAGGUGUCCAUUGAUAGCUUAAUUAAAGAUCCGCAACAAUUUCUUAAUGAUUUUCCUGAGUUAACUACUGAAAAGUUGUAUCAAUUGAUUAAGAAAAAUAUGGGUCCAUUAGGUUCAUCACCAGUUGUUUACACGUAUAUUAAUACCAAAUCCAAUGCAAAUGAACCCGAGUGGCCAAAUGUUGUCCUCUCUCAUCGCUUUUUACAGUUUUCAACUAAUCUAACUGAACUAAUUGAAAUCUAUAGCCGAGAACAGUUAGAUGAAUGGGAACAGUAUUAUUUUCCAUUACUGGGUGCACCUCAUUUAAGUUCAGAGGUAUUUGUUCGCCGAACUCGUAGUUUUGGUCGGGUGUGGCUUAUGUCUGAAGACCCGUAUGUUUUGCCUGCUAUUGAUCCAAAUUAUUUUGCCGAUGACCGUGACUUUGAAGAUAUGUUAGAGGCUUUUAAAUUCCUGAUUAACUUUCUACAAAACUCUGCCAUUUCAGAGUAUAUAAACUUUAUGCAUACACCUGUGCCUCCCUGUGCUUCAUUACUUUGUUUCAAAGAGCAUCAUUCAGUUGGUACGUGUCGUAUGGGAGAUCCGCACAGAAAAGACACUGUUUUGGAUCCCAAACUCAAAGUUAAAGGCGUCGAUGGAUUGAGAGUAUGCGAUGCAUCAGUUAUGCCGCGCUUACCUAAUGCUAACAUCAAUGUCCUGUCCAUUAUGAUUGGCGAAAAGUGCGCCGAUAUUAUUAAUAGCGGUUACUAA